GGUGCCUUUCAGGGAUAUUUGACCGUUCAGACAUGCAGCAGCUGUCAAGAUAGUUUCCAGGACAUGGUUUCCUAAGCAGCCCUACCACCUACACAUCAAAAGGGAUAAGACCAGUCCAUCCUGGGCCAUGACUGCUCUGCCUCCCAACGUCAGUGUUCCCGGGAGUACAGCAGUUCUGCUGCUGACCACAGCUACCGAGGCAGGACUCGGUUCAGGCCAGUCACUGGCCCCACUCUGUACCCUUUGUUGCUGUGGAUUUCUCAAUCGCACCCUGGCAGUGGUGUUCAUGGUCAGCCUGGCAUUUGCCAUCGUGGUUGGAAAUGUGGUCACCCUUACUGUCUUUGUGCAAACGAGGCAGUCCCGAACACCACAGGGAUACCUGAAAGUGUCUCUGGCCAUAGCAGACAUGAUGGUUGGUGUCCUCGUGGUCCCUUUUUCUGUCUACACCGAGAUCUCUCUGAUGGUGGCCAGCACUCCUCCCAUUUGGUACCAGGGCAGUUUUACUUCACCAGCCACCUCCUCUCGUCUCGGGGGACUAGUGAGCCCUUGGCAGCCCUGCAUGCUGAUUGGCCCGGUGUUUGCUGGAUGCACCUUCGUCUCCAUCAGCACCAUCUUCCUCAUGACACUGGAGCGGAGUGUGGCCAUCCUAAGGCCGCUCCACAAGGACACCUUGGUUACCCGGAGACGAACUCUGCUCCUCAUCUUCCUCUCGUGGGCUGCCAGCUUCCUGCUGGCUCUUGCGCCUCUCAUCUUCAGCAGCAACUUUAUUUUGGAGUACAACGAGUGCAGUCGUAUGUGUAACUACAUCCCACUAUUGUUCGGAAGCCGGCUGCCACCUGAUGCAAACAUUUUGCUGUUAUUCCCAACAUUUGACUUCACACUGCUCGGUGGGACGUUAGCAGUUAACAUUGUGUCGUUCACUAGCAUCCGGCGGUAUACCAGGAAACGCAAACUUCUCUCAGAGGGUAGUCUGACUGAGGGUGGGGCAGUAGGAGGAGGGGGAGGGUGCCCUCACAGGCCUUCCUUUUCAGACAUCAAAGCUGCAAAGACAAUUGGCAUACUAACAUUCGCCUUCACAGCAUCCUUCACUCCCAUUGCAGUGUUUGUGCUCGGGAAUGUGGUGGGAUACACCUGGUGUAACUUUUCCUUUUUUGCCUUCUGGAUCCUGACAGGAAACAGUUGCUGUAAUGUAAUUAUCUACAGUGUCAGGGACCGCCGCUUCAGGAAAGGUGUGACCCUGCUUUUUCGGCGAGACCAGUCCCCCCCACACAGCGAGAAGAACUAAGGGAGGCGUGAACUUAAAAGCAACACGUGUAUUGUAGCUACUUUGCAGUAAAUUUUAUUAUUACUUUAAAGGAAUAGUUUGACAUUUUGGGAUGACAAUGGAUUAUGUGUGUGUGGUAAAUACAUAUCUUGUGUAGUUGUAAAGGUUUUACAGGAGGUUAUUAGCUGGACUUGCAAGAGCACACAACAAUCCAUCUUGCUCGGCUUCAUGCAUGAAUCUGUGUGCGAACACAGUGCUUACUGUACGAGUUACUAGGAUGAUUUAACGCUGAGUCUGUGUGAUAGCUCGUGUGAGAAGUAACGGGUAAAGAUGUUAUUGAGGCUUCUAGCAUCAGUUAAUUCAUUCAUUCAUCAGAGCAUUUCUUCAUUGAGAGCAAAGUACAGCACUGAAGGCUUUUCUUGAUGGAUACGAUGGGUUUUCUCUUCUUCCCGACUGGCUUCAGUGAGAGUUUGGCUAUGUUAUAGUUCAGUGGUACUAGAGACACAGAGCUGUCAUACCCUGAAAACCACACCCACCAGAGGGGAAAGCAAUUAGUGCCACAGUAUGCAACCAAGAACAAAAACCUAUGAUAAAUUAUGAAUCUAUCAUGACACCAACCAUUCUUUUGUGGACAACUGUUUUGACUUUUCGAGCAGGAAUAAUGUCAACCUGCCUGCUCACAGACUUCCUUGUAUUACAGCUAAAAAUGACAUAAAAAAUAUUUUUAUGAAAACAUCUCAUGGAAGAAAUAGGCAAUGUAGUUGGUUCAUAUUUGAUCAACGCUGCCCAGUUUCAUAGCUGGAUCUGCAUUUUGCACAUCAUGUGGAAUCAGACCUGAAACUUGUGAUUAAGAACAUAAAAACGGUUUACUGAGGUAAUAAAUCAAGUGAGAAAUAGCUAUUUUUUUAAAAAAAAACUGUACUCUAAUUAUACUGUCAAAGGGUGAUAUGCUAACAAAAUGCUUGUAGCUAUUUAACAACAAGGAUAAGCAAAUUGUUUUCCCGUCUGGCGUGGGCACGCCUUAAUUGUGCUCUGUCUCUAAUGGUUGGAGUUCACCUCUGAUAGAUGAUGAAAGACGAUAUGUUUGGCCGAAACACCUACCAUGUAUUUUUGGAAAGUACCUGCCGUGGUGCUGUAUGGUGUAGUCCGGUUAGUGCUGGCUGUCAUUUUUAUUUUUUUUAUAUAUAUUUUUUUUUUUAUGGAUUAAAGCGACAUUAUGUAACUUUGACAUUAUGUCAGUCCCACUCUACGCCCUGUAUUGCUGUUUUUAUGCCAUAUAACACACAAGCUCCAGUUUAAGUACACCACUAAGUCACACCUCUUGACCAACAACUAUUUCACUGAUUUUAGCAAAACUGGAUCAUAUUUAAUGAAUGCAUGAAUAUUUUUUCAGUUUUUUCCUCUGAUAUUUAUUCAUUCAAGAGGUGCUGGUAGACAGAUUUUACCAUGUUUGGACAGAGCCAGACUUGCAGUUUCCUUUCCAGUCUUUAUACUGAGCUAAACUAACUGUUUCCUGGCUCAAGCUUCAUGUUUAUAGUACUGUGCGAGUGGUUUCAAUCUCUGGUAAUGUCCCAAACUGUCUUCAACAACUAUUCCUUUAAUGUAAUGUAAUGUAAACUCAGUGUGAACUGAACAAAAACCAGUAUUUCAAACAUCAGAGCAUUGCAGUUCUGUGUCAUUGAGAAUCAUAAGUAGAAGCUAAAUCAGAAAUUUGUCUUUUGACAUACAAUCUCUAUGCGUUGCGUGAUAAAACAGUUUUCAGGAUCGCACGAAACACAGACUGCAGUGUUUGAGGAAAAGGUCUGUUCUGCUGCAACAACAAUCCACAUCCUCUUCUCUGGUCCCCUUCUCAAACUUGUCAAACUUCUUUCCUGAAGCUUUAAGACAUUCACGAGCCUUUCAUUAACUUCAGGAACCGAACCUACUGUAACUCCCGGAAAUGCACUGACAUCCACAAUGAAUGCUUUUUAAAAUGUUAUUGGUGGGUUUAUCAUCUAUUAAUUUACAAGGGGUGUUGUUUCUGUGUUUAGAAAUCUUGCUAUUGCCUACUCUUUGGACAAAUGUUUCUAUUAUGGGAAGAGUUCAUGCCAUAGAAUUCAGUUACAUAGAUUUAUUUUUGAGCAUCUAAUAAAAAAUCUAUUGUGAUAAUCUGUCUCAAGUAUCAGAAAUGCACUUUAUCAGUUAUUACAUGAGUCAUUUGCAUUGUGCUGUAUCUGACAAAGUUAAUUUUCUAUUUUCAGCGUUUUAUAAUAUUAGUUAUAUUUUAAGCAAAUGUGAAUGGAAGAAUGAUCUGUAUAUUUAUGAAAUAAGUAUAGACUAAAUAAAUGGGAUACCAACUUCAGAGAUUUUAAUAAAAAAAAAAAUAUAUGAUUAGAGGAGACCCUCAUACUGUGCCGGUCUAUGUAUUCGGGAUAUAAUAAGUGUGUCAGCUCUUGUGUAUUGUUUGGAAUUCUGUAUUGUACAAUUUGACAUGAUAUAAAAAAUAUACAUAAAUGAGAUUAAAGAGCUUUUUGCAGCAUAAAACAGCUAUAUGAUCAUUCAGGAUAAAAUGGUUGAAUUUCAUCUUUUUUUUUUAACAAGCAACAGAAUCGAAAAAGGGGAAUUUUAUAAACAUGAUAAGGAGGACGUUUUCUCUUGACAUCAAUAUUAUUUUCUAUGACUCAAUCAAAAUGACAGUAAAAGACAAAAACAUUUAGUUUUAUUUACCAUGAAGUGCCCGUUAAAGGAAUAGUUUCACAUUUUGGAUAAUUAGCUUAUUUAAUUUCUUGCCAAGAGUGAGAGAAUAAGAUUGAUACCACUGUCACAGGAGACAAUUAGAAUAGCUCAGCAUAAAGACUUAUUAAGCCUGACACUGUCCACCGACCAUCAUAUAAAGUUGAUCAAUUAAUAUGUUAUAUUUAAUUAGUAGUAUUAGUAGUAUUGUUAUAUUGCACGGGCCGGAUCCUAUUUACACUUUUUUGUUUUUUGUACAUAUUAAACAAACACAGAGAGAGCCAGGCUAGUGGUUUUCACUUAUUUCCAGUCUUUGUGCUAAGCUAAGCUAACUGCCCCCUUGAGUGUAGCUUCAUGUUUACCGUAUAAAGUGGUGUCAGUGUUGUCAUUCAACUCUCUGUCAAACUAUUCCUUUAAAGCCAAUUGGUUGACAAUCCAACACACUCAUGGAAGCAUUUUUUAAUAUCAAUGGUGCUGUGAUGUACAAUAACUAUAAUCAACAAAAAGAAAAUAAAUGUAAACAUGUCAUGUGCGACGUUCAGUGAAUGAAUGAAUAUUUUACAUGUACAAACUUACAAGCAUUUUCUGUCCUUAUUUUUCUAAACGUUUCAAAACAUGACACAAUUAUAUAAAAAAAAGUUGAACUCAAUAACAUCCAAAUCAUUGUUGGUUCUGUGUAAGAAAACAAGUGAUUAUUAUUGUGCUGUUGAAUCGCUGUACAGAGUUGUAUCAGUAGUGCAGAAUUCA